UCCACACAUCACAUAACACAUAAGACUCUUCCGUAUAGUUAGAACGUUAGAUAGAGUAGAGAUUGAGAUUUCCUCAAUUGGGAUCGGGAAUAAGUUUAUCAAAAAAAAUAAAAUAAAAAAAUUGGACCACGUUGCAUUCAAUAAAGAGACCCAGAAGGCAGAGCGUAGCUUCCGAAGAUUCAGACUCUCCGUUUGCAGACGAAGCAAACCUUCUCUUACUAUUUCUCGCUCUCUUCAAAGUCGGUCACUGAUACUCGGACAAAUUCGGGUUGUAAUUGAGAGAUGAGUCAUAAAGGAUUGAUAUAUAGCUUCGUUGCCAAAGGAAGUGUUGUCUUAGCAGAGCACACCUCCUUCUCCGGAAACUUCAGCACCAUUGCUGUUCAAUGCUUACAGAAGCUCCCUUCCAGUACCACCAAGUCCACCUACUCGUGUGAUGGCCACACAUUUAACUUCCUCCUUGAUAAUGGGUUUGUUUUUCUGGUUGUUGCGGAUGAAUCGGUUGGCAGGAGUGUCCCCUUUGUUUUCCUUGAACGAGUAAAAGCUGAUUUUAUGCAGCGUUAUGCUCCAAGUAUUAAAAAUGAAGGUCCACAUCCGCUCGCUGAUGAAGAUGAAGAUGAUGCCUUAUUUGAAGACCGAUUUAGCAUUGCAUACAAUCUGGACAGAGAAUUCGGGCCAAAGCUUAAGGAGCACAUGCAAUACUGCAUGGAGCACCCAGAAGAAAUGAGUAAACUUUCCAAACUAAAGGCUCAAAUCACAGAGGUCAAAGGCGUUAUGAUGGACAAUAUUGAGAAGGUUUUGGAUCGUGGGGAGAAAAUUGAACUUCUGGUGGACAAAUCUGAAAAUCUGCAGUUCCAAGCUGACAGCUUCCAGAGGCAAGGAAGGCAAUUGCGACGCAAGAUGUGGCUGCAGAGUCUCCAAAUGAAGCUACUGAUAGGAGGAGGAAUCUUUGUUCUGAUCAUCAUACUAUGGCUUAUUGCCUGUGGAGGUUUCAAAUGUUGAGGUGCCAAGGAGCAUCAAUUUUCUGCAGAUCACUGUCCACUUGCUGUACAAAAUGUUAUUAUUUUCCAGAUUUAAACUAAUGCAGAAUCCGAUAAUCUAGAACCUUCUCUGUCAUGUGUAAUUAACUUUCUGUUACCAGCUGGGCAGCUGGUUUUGUUGACUUGGUAUUUUUCACUAAAGUUUUUCUGUGUAAAUUGUUGCUUACUUUUGAGUAAUUUAUCAAGGGAUUUGUUAAUAGUGGGGGAAGUAUAUUUUGCAGUCUUUCUCAUUGUGGUUUAGCAGUCAUUUUCGUUGUAUACCCUUUCAUUUUUAUUUUAAGACAAGUAAAGCUGGUUAUUCUCGAACAAUUUAGAAUCAUGACUUUGGUCACUUGAAUUGUCCAUGUUACGCUUACGGUGAAUCUGCUAAUUCAUGAAAUGACAUUUUUC